AUGAAGGAAGCAGGUAUUAUUUGUACAGCUUCUUCGCACCCAACAACAGGUUGGGUGGUACCCUUUACGGUGGUAGAGGAAAAACCGUCAGGGAAGCGACGAAGAUUUAUUGCGUGGCCCAAGGGAAAGAAUGCCCAGGAUGACUAUGAAGCUGACGUUCCUCUGGAACACAUUUCCCGAUACCUGGAUGUGGUAUACGAUGAAACCGCAACGUUAUUUGAUUUAAAAGCAUCCUUCUUCCAGGUGGCCUUACCGCACAACAUAAGGGCAAGUUUCCGUUGCCGCACGGAAUCAGGCGAACUUGUCGAAUUCGCACGCCUUUCUAUGGGCUACAAAUGUAUUCCUGAGAUUCUCAAUACCAUUACAAGAGUUCUGGCAGGUGAUCCUGCCAUGGUAUUGCCGCAGUAUGCGGCACCCAAAGAGUUAAAAAUACACGUUUGGAUUGAUAAUAUCCGAAUAAGUGGUCCACACGAAAAGGUGGAAGCCUGGGGCCAGAGAAUAUUACAUAACAUGCAACGCUGCGGUGUCACGAUUGGGGAACAACAGUUAAAAACAAAGGAAUAUGAUUUCAUCGGGGUACAUUUUAACCACAAGGACAACACGGUGUCUUUAAGUGAGAAAACAAUAAAGAAGUUGCAACAGACACCUUCGCUGGAUACCACGACGGUGGAACAAUUGGAGAGUACGGUUUCGCGUAUGAUGUACGCAGGAGGGGUAAGAGGUGAAUCCCUUUUCCCUUAUUAUUUCUUCUUAAAAAUUGUACGUCGACGUUUGUCUCGUUUAAACCGAGGCUUAAUACGACCACAAGACCCGGCAAAUUUAUCGGCUACUGUCAAAGACAUUGGUCACAGUUGGCUCACAACAUUAUUACAGAACGAGCCGGUUCAUCCUCCACAAAAGUUGCCCUCCACGGCAACACUGGUGACAGACGCCUCCAUGUACGGAUGGGGAGCGUUAUUAUUCAAAGAUUCAGGGGAGGUUUUGGCGGCAGGGGGUGCGUGGGCGCACCCACCUCACAUGAUAUCUCAAGCAGAGGCGCGGGCAGUCCAUCUCGCUUUACACGCUUUUAAACAAUAUCUACACGGUCCCGUGGAUAUUCGCGUGGACAAUACAACGGUCAUGCAUAUUAUGCAAAAAGGUAACACGCAUUCACAGGCUUUAGUAAAGGAAGCUGACGCCAUUGAUAAAGUUCUUCGCUUACACGGAGUACGGGCAACAUGGAACUACGUAGCUUCAGAGCAGAACCCUGCGGAUGGCAUAUCUCGAGGUAAACCAGUCCACUCAGUAGACUUAGCGAGGGGGUGGAACUUGCGAUGGGGAGAACGGGAGGCGGGAUAA